CACUCAUUUCUAGUUGAACUAGAUGUGUCUGCUGACUGUCUUCAGGCUCAGAAGAUUCAGGUAGAAACAACAAAUCCUACACCUUUAGUGUCCAUCCGCCGGAACCCACACGGGUGUUUGAUCACAGCUCGGUCUUAUAGCUGACUGAUUAGAAGCUGAAUGACACAGAAACAGGAUAUAAGCACACUUAAAGUUUCCUUCACAACUUCCUCAGAAAUGUCUCAGGAUCACGGAAUACGUUCCUCGAGUGGCCUUCAAGCUUGAAGAUCUUCUGGAUUUGUUCUUUUUUUAUCUGUUUUUAAGGAAAAGGCUUCUUGGUCUCGAGUUCACACCCUUCUGUGUACUGUUCGUACCUGCGUUUGGCGGAACACUAUGUUGUCCCAGCUAAGUGACUGGUUCUGGAACGAGCACCUGUGGUUUCCAGUGGGUUUAGGAUGGGCUGACCUGCAGGAUCGUGAUGGUAAAACCUAUGCCAAAGGCUCUGACCUCUGGGUUACUUUUCCAAUAGCCGUGGUCUUCCUCAUCAUACGGCAGAUAUUUGAGAGGACCGUAGCACUGCGGCUGGCAUCUGCGAUGGGAGUGGAGGAAAAGGUGAGAGUGCGGGCAGCGCCCAAUCCAACACUGGAAACCUACUUCUACACCACGAGUAAACAUCCAGCACAGAGUAUGGUGGAGAGUUUAAGUAAACAGACAGGCUAUUCCCAGCAGCAGGUGCAGCGGUGGUUCCGGAGACGACGCAACCAGGAGCGACCCAACCAACUCAAAAAGUUCCGGGAAGCAAGCUGGAGAUUUACAUUUUACCUCCUUGCCUUCUUUUCUGGCCUGGCUGCUCUCAUCGAUAAACCCUGGUUCUGGAAAAUGGAAGAUAUGUGGAAAGGCUUCCCAACCCUGACUCUUCUUCCAUCCCAGUACUGGUACUACAUGAUCGAGCUGGGUUUUUACCUUUCACUCCUCUUCAGCGUGGCAUCAGACGUGAAGCGAAAAGACUUUAAAGAACAGAUUGUUCAUCAUGUUGCCACCAUUCUUUUGAUCAGUUUCUCCUGGUGUGUGAACUACAUUCGAGCAGGAACUUUGAUCAUGCUGGUGCACGACGCUGCAGAUUAUCUGCUUGAGUCGGCCAAAAUGUUUAACUAUGCCGGCUGGAGAAAGACCUGCAACUACAUCUUUAUCGUCUUUGCCAUCGUCUUCUUCAUCACAAGACUCGUUAUUUUCCCAUUCUGGAUCAUAUACUGCACUUAUGUUUAUCCACUGACCAUGUAUCCUCCCUUCUUUGGUUAUUAUUUUUUAAACGGUCUUCUGAUGGUGCUUCAGUGCCUGCACAUCUUCUGGUUUGUGCUCAUUCUGCGCAUGGCGAUCAAGUUCCUCCCUGGCAACCAUAUUGUGGAAGAUGAGCGGAGUGACAGAGAAGAGACGGACGACUCGGAGGAUGAGGACGAGGCACCGGAGUGCAAUAAACGACCCAAGACGAAAAAUGGACCACUGCAGAACGGCCAUUCUGCCUCAAACAACAACCACCACCGCAAGACGGAGUGAUUGGUACAGAUAGGAGGAGAGCGGGGAUAGGGCACCCUCUAUAACUAACACACACUCACUCACACACACACACUCAUACACACACUCACACACACACUCUCUCUCUCUCACACACACACACACACACACACACACACACACACACACACACACACACACACACACACACACAGCACUGAUAGGUUGAGGCAGGAAUAGAGGCUGCUGGUUUGGAGAAUUGGCUUACACAUAUACAGUCACACAAAUACAUUUGACCAAGUAUUAGAAGUAUCACACUUAAACUCUUAUCCCAAAAAUAUGUUUCAGAUGAAAUAAUCCUGACAGUCAACGUUAGUAAAUGCACUAAAUGCUGCAGAAGAGAUGAAAUCCUUGCAGUGAAUCUUCCUCGUCCUGCUUCGUGUACGACUCGCCUGUUGCCUGGUUAAUGUGAAGCUCUCAUUCCUUCCCUGCUGUAGAUUUCUCGUCACGACGUACAGUAAAGACGCCGCUCCUGCAUUUCCGACCCCAGGACAUUUACUAACGUCACAGAGCUUUGUCUUUGUCUUCGUCUUUGCAGCCUUAAGGAUUUACCUGAAGUCAGACUUACUCAUAUGUGCUGAAUAUUUUUUUCACCAAGCAGCCUUUAGCUAUGUCUCUAAACACAUUCCAUUACUGUUCUCACACACGCACACACACACACACACACACACACACACACACACACACACACACACACACACAGACACACAGACACACACACACUGUCAUCAGCCCUCCUGUGUCCUGCCCACAUCUCGGUUGCACUAUAGUUUAAUUUUGCCCCACACUACCACUGCCCUAGAGGUGAUCUCCUGAUGAUCUCCUAGAACUUUGAGGACCACAAAAAAAACAACUGAUCACAAAACACUGAUAUUAAGUUGUGCAGAACACAGAGAAAUCUCUUUUAGCUCAGAUGAACAAGCUUCACCGCCCAGAUGCCCCAACAUGAAGCUGAAUAUUUCAUCUUUCUGCCUUUAGUGCCUUAUGUUUGUCCAGCAUCUCGGUCACUCAUGAAAAUCUGUUGAAUCCGGGUUUAGAUGGUUUUGGCUAGAUGUUUCAGUUAAAUCCAAAAAAAAAUCCCAAAAAAAAUCCACCUCAGUUAAAAGAUUUGCUUCAUUUGUGUAUGAAAGAAGAAGAAAAAAAAAACGGAAACAGUUUUGUCAUAGCAUUUCCAUCUUUAUUUUUGACCUUUUUGUCCUGCUCUUUAUUAACAACGAUUACACAGAUUAAUAUGGUUUUAAUGUAUUUUUCUUUUAUUGUUUAUUGUUUUUUGUUUUAUGUUUAUUUUCAUUUCAUCAUUUUACUUGAGCUCCAAAUUUAUUUGGAUCCAUUCCAAGAAGUUUAACUAUCAUUGAUUCAAAUACCGUAUUCUACGUUCCACAAAAAUGGGUAAAGAAGGAUUUCUGCUCUGUAUGGAGUCAGCUGUUGGGGAGAAAACAUUUCUAUUUGGAGAAUUUCAUUUCUAUAGUCAUUUGUUUAGAAUCCUGUUCACAAACAGAGGGGAAAAAAAUAUUGUAGUAGUAUUAACAAGAUGAAGAGUCAGUAUUGAUCACUUUGUUUGGCCACCAGAUGCACUUUAUAAAACCUGAUCUAUAGAAAUCAUACUAGAGUUAGACUUAAAAUGACUUUAUAUUUGACUCAGUUUGUAACAUUAUGCAUCUGUAAAACUCGUACGCUUCAAAUAGACACAUGAGGUUUAUGAGGUUAACAGUGAAACAUGUCCCUUUAUAACGCCAUACUGUAGUGCUGUGCGUUGUAUCUGAGCUUGAUGUGUUUCCCAAACCCACUGAACUCUAUAUUAUAUCCAGUGUUAGAAUUAAAGAUGAGAAAAUACUUAUGACUAGGACUAGAAUUAUACUAAAAGUUUACAUUUUUAGGUCUUGUUUAUUUUUUUUACUGCAGUUAAUAACUGUCACUGGUUGUUUACCCAUUCAGCUGUCAGCGUCUGUGGUCUUAUAAGUGCUUUAUAUCUUAAACAGAUUGCUGUUUUUUGCACUUGCUCUCUUCUUCCUUUUUGCUCUCCGAGCUCGCCGCAUUCUUUCGUUUAGUACGAUCUGUUCGUGCCAGUAGGCGUAGCUUCAUACUUAGCUAAACACUUAAACAGCCAUGUUUUGAAUAACUACAUAGUAACCUGAAAAAUAAUGUACCAGGCGGGUGGCACGGCUGUGCGGUAGCUUAGUGGUUAAGGUGUUGAGCUACUGACCGGGAGGUUGAGUGUUCAAAUCCCACGAUACACCAUGCUGCUAGUGCUUGGGCCCCUGAGCAAGGCCCUUAACCCUGUAAAAUGUAAAACCGCCAAACGCCGUAAAUGUAAUAAUAGUCACCCUGAAUUUAAAAAAGCAAAUAAAUACCGAAUCUGACAUAAUGAGACUUCAAAAUUUUUCCUCCCCAACUUUUUUUUUUAUUGGUGCCUCACUUCAUCUUAAUAAAUCAUCCCUAUUCCUUACAACCUUUGCUUAAUGCCAAAACCAAUUCAACCAAAUCAGAUUUCUCCUUCUGUUGAUUACAGUACAUCUCUGAUACACACAAAAACAUGAUCAGUAUCAUAACUGCCUAUGUUUUCUGUUGCGUUUUGUAUCACUGCUCUGCAAUUUAAGAUAAAAGACUGUGGAUACCCAAACCGUCCAGCUUUGUGUGUUUGUUUCCUGUGUGGAUUGAGUUUGGGGAAGAGAGAAGAUCCUGUUAUCUGAAAUGAUGUCUGAAGAUGUUUAGGAGUAGAAAUACAACAAUUAGUCGUUCCAUGUGAGUUCUUGAUUUUAUGAAAUAUCUGAUAUACGGAACAAAUAAUAAGAAUUAAAAUGAACAUCACUUACACUUCUUUGUCAGGGUCUAAAUAACAAUUGUCUUGUCUUCAGCAACUUCUAGAGACAAGCAAACAACCUCUGGCAACAAAAAAGUCUCAAAAAGUAAAGCAACAUUUAGAAACCAGGUGAAUAAAAUAAGUGCACCCUUCAUAUGUCUACUGUCAAGAGAGAAAAAAGCAGCCAAGGUUUACUAAUGAAACUCACAUGAUUAGUUUAUCAGAAAUAACCACGACUACCUUUAUAGAAGCAGAGCUUAUUUAUAGAAACAAUAAACAAUUUUAAAGUUUAAAAGUAAGUUACUAUUUAUCGCUAACAAUUGUCCAUAAUGAUCAAGCCUGAGGUGACGAUGGUGAGGAAAAACUCCCUGAGAUGAUUUAAGGAAGAAACCUUGAGAGGAACCAGACUCAGAAGUGAACCUCAUCCUCAUUUGGCUGACACUGGACAGUAAAUAAUGUCAAUGUAAAUAAUGUCCUUUCUACAACAGUGUGUAGACCAGCGGCAUUGUGUAACCGAGAGCUCCUGUGGAACUAACAGGUCCGAGUCACUUCCGAGUUCUUUACAGACUUAACGAUAAAUGACCUCAACCAUUGAGAAGUUGUUUCUGCUUCUCAUUCUGGGAUGGAUUACAAUAAGACCAUCUCCGAACAAUAGAAAAUUCCCCAUUCUACUGUGAGAAGGAUGGAUUAUAAAACUUUCAAGACGAUGGACAUCUUCAGCUCAAGCUCAGACGACUUAAUGCUGCAAGAUAUUUAGAAUAAUCCAAUAGAUGCAUUAUGUGACCUACAGGUCGCUGUAAGAACAUGACUCGUUUAUGUUCAUGACAGCGCCUUCAAAAUAUCUUAAUUUUCCUCUGAAAGGAUUAUGGAUCAUGACUCUGGUUUGCUAAUGACUAAUGUGAUCAAGGUUGAGAUUUUUAGUCAUCUUCAUCAUGUUUUUCAAAUACCAUCCACAGUGGAUCACCACAAACACCGUAUACCAAGCAUGUUGGCUGAUGAUUUGGGUUGGUUUUUCAGCCACAGGAUCAUGGGAAACUUGUGGUCCAACAGGACAAUGAUCCCAAACACAUCAACAAAUCAGCAUCCGAAUGAUUAUAGGUUCCUUUUUAACUUUGAUUGCUCUCAAGGUUUCUUGUAUAUCUCAGGUUUUUUUUUUCCAAACCCUAAUCUUAACCCUACUAUUUUUUUUGCCACCGCUGACUCCGGCUUGCUCAUUUGGGAUAAAUCUGAAUUGCAUUUUAAACUUUUUAAUUUGUAUUUUAUAGUUUUAUAUUUUAAAGAAUGAAAGAAAGAAACAAAGGUGUUGAGAUGCUGUGAAGAAACAAAUGAUGAAUGUCACGUUGUAAAGAACUUGCUAAUGGUGGCUCUUAGCUCUUUUGUCCUUGAUUGGCUGAUAUUGUGGUUUUUUUUUAAUGAUUUUUGAUAGAUUGCUUUUUUUCAUGUUAAUAAAUGUGACCUGGGUGUUCCAAAUGUUUUAAAAUGUGUGUAUUUUGUAAUGUCUGUAAAAAGGGGUGGGAUCUGUCUGAAUUAUGUAGCUCCGGGCCGAACUCUGUGACCCACAAUGCGCAGUGGUUAGUGCGUUCCUCUACAAAGUUCUGACCCUUAGAUAAAUGAGAUGGAAACCCAUGUGUGAGACAGAGUAAGAGCAGGUGGCAGGUUUUGUAAUAUCUUGGUUUGGGUGUUUUUAUUUAUUUGGAUUGUUUGGGUGGGUUUAUUAAUCAUAAAGUUAUUGCUUUAUUUAUAAUGUCAAUAAUAAAUGAAUGCAUAUAUAGAUGAA